AGAAAGGCCGCGCGCCGUCUCUCUGGGCCGUAGGACCAUUUGGGGGACAUCGGUCAUCCUUUUUAAGGAAUUCUGAUUUUUUUGUUGGUGUUGUCCCUCUGCGGUUCUUUUUUCCUUCCGCGCGACAAAGAUGGGGCUUUUUACUCGCUACUACCAGCCUGGAAGGCUUUGCGUCGUUCAGUAUGGCCCCGACGCAGGAAAGCUGUGCUUCGUCGUGGACAUCAUCAACCAGACCCGCGUGCUCGUUGACGGCGCUGGAGUGACGGGCAUCGGGGCCGCAGGCAAUCGGCGUUCGAACCCCAGUGAGAGGACUCUUUGCGUGUUCAAUGCUCUCAGCGUGAAGCGUCAAUCCAUGCCCGUACGCCGCAUUGCGUUGACCGACCAGUACCUGAAGAUCCCCCGCAGCGUGCGGUCCGCGACGCUGAAGAAGGCCUUGGAGAAGGAUGACGUGAUCGCGAAGUUCAACCAGUCUUCCUGGGGCAAGCGGAGACUGGCAAAGGAGCAGCGCGCCAACAUGUCCGACUUCGACCGCUUCAAGCUCAUGGUCAUCUUGAAGCAACGGAGAAAGGUCAUGCAACAGAAGCUGAAGAGUCUGAAGAAAUAAGUCCGAAGACAGAGAGCAAGUUGAUAGUGUUUCUCUUGUGCGGCGUCGUCUCCAGGCGAGAAGCAGUCGCGCACGACAGACGCGAGCGGCAUGUGGAGACGCGAGGAAGAACGCGUUUCUCUCUCAUAACUGCUUCUCAAGGUUCCUAACUCAAACUUUCCGUUCUCUUUGUGUCUCCAAACACUUCUCACCAAUGUCUCCAGGUCGCCUCACCAGGCACCCACGGACAUAAAAAAGUCUCACACCCGAGAAGAGACAACGAGAAACUUCACUUACUGUCUGGUCAAACAACGCGGGGUGCUCCAACA